UCACAUGGCCAUUGGAGUCACACAGGAUUGUCCUAUGUGAAACUGAGGUCUUUCCCACCCCUAGGCACUGGUGCACUGACUGCUGUUAAGCCAAUGCCAGCUCACUUUGCACGGUCCUUUUCCAAAAUGUGGACCUUUAUAUUCUUUUAGCAUUGGCGUUGGCCUAGCAUUUUAACCGAUACGAUUCUGACUCUCGAUCUUUGUGAUGAGUUGCAAUUACCGAACCUGACUGAAAGGUCGGGAAGGGUAAAGGAACCUGUAGUGAUAUUGUCCCAGCGACCUCUUAACCCUGACCUUGAAUAAACCAGAUCAAAGGCUUGAUUAACUCAGUGGCCUAGUGGUUUUCAGCAUGCUCCUGCGUGUGUGUGUGUGUGUGUGUGUGUGUGUGUGUGUGUGUGUGUGUAUUAUGUGUGUAUGUGUAUGUUUGUGUGCAUGUACAUGUGUGUAUGUAUGCAUGUGUGUAUAUUACGUGUGUAUGUGUGUGCAUGUGUGUAUAUUAUGUGUGUAUGUGUAUGUUUGCGUACAUGUAUGUGUGUAUGUGUAUGUUUGUUUGCAUGUAUGUGUGUAUGUGUAUGUUUGUUUGCAUGUAUGUGUGUGUAUGUAUGCGUGUCCAUGUGUGUAUAUUAUGUGUAUGUGUAUGUGUGUGUUUGUGUGCAUGUAUAUGUGUGUACAUGUAUGUGUGUGUGUGUGAAUGUCUAGAGAUAUUUUUGUUGCUACACUGUCGAGAUGGUAUAGGUAAAGGCCAGGAGGAAUACUAUUACCCAUUCACCACACAGGACAGCAGAGACAACUGGUUCCUAAGUGUAAAGAUUGCUCACACUUACAUGCUGGUGGCAGAGCCACAAUGUCCUUGCUUGUAACAUAAGCAUAGUGACACCGUCUUCUAGACUGUGGAGGUUUGAAUGAGCGAGGGAGGAUGUGGAAGACUGUAAAGUGAUCCUGUGAUUUCCGUCUGCUGGGAGCCUUGUGCUGUACCCUGCUGCUCCUCACAGACUUGAGGUGAAACUGUAAAGAGUGAACUAGAAUUAGACUUAGACGCCCCCCCCUCCAGGGAGGCCCCAAGAGAAGCAUCCGUCAGGGCUCUGGGGACCAUUUCAGCAGCUAUAACAGUCAUAUAACCGUUCCAUCUCAGAACAACCCAACCCUGCUUUGGGGCAGGAUUAUUACCCCCACUUCCUACAUCGAACACCUCUCCCACGCCGUCCGUCCUUCUUGGGCUGCGUCGGAAGAGGGAUGCUUUCAGUCCACCAGACUUAUCUUAGUGAGACUAUGCCUGCUUUCCCCUGCAAAUGUCACGAAUCACUUGUGUAAACUUGCCCUUAGUUUGUCAAAACAUUAGGCAAAUAUUUCCCCACCUAUCUCUAUGGUAUCUAAACUCAAAGAUCCUUAGCAAUGAUUCUGUGAGCACAAAAUGGGUUCUUUAUGGGCCCCGCUGUGGCUAAGGCCAUUGGAUAAUCUGAAUUUUCCUAUGAACACUGGCAUGGCACAUUUUGGAUAUGCUCAGGAUAUCCAGGCCAAAAGAAAAUGGAAACCUAUGUUCUGUGUGGACUUGGACUCACAAAAGUAGGACUGGCCCUUGUGGACCACAGGGAGCCUUAAACAAUCACAGCCUUCAAAUGGCCACCUUAGUCCAUUUCCGUUGCUGUAACAAGAUACCUGAGGCUGGGAACUAAGGAAGAAGAAUAUGGCAAUGCCUCAUUCUUCUGGAGGGCAGGGAACUCUGGAACAUUUUGUUGAGGACUUCUGGCCUCAAUUGCCAGUGGGCUCCACAAAGCCAUGCAGAAAGUGAUGUUGAACUUUACAGAGCAUCACCUGGUAAGAAGAUGUGGUAACCACAGUGUCAUCUGCCAUCACAGGGACCCCCUUCCUUCAUGGCUCAGACCUCCUAACUCACUCCCAAUGGACUUGCCUUCAAAGACAAGAGCACGUAAAUUUGGAGACUCCACUUCCAACUCACUAACUUCCAAGGGACACAUUCCAACCACAGCACAAGUGACAUGCUUCCCUGAGAUAAAACAGACCAGGAUGGGACAGAGAACCGCAGAAUCCUUUGCUCAGAGCAGUGGCGAGCGCCAUUUGUGAAGUCUGUUUUCGGUUUAAUGUCUAUGGAAGUGAGGAAUAUGCUGGAUGUGCUGUAAUUAGACUGUUUACAAUGAGUCACAAUUUAAAACUGUCAGAGUGAUCUGAGAGUCCCAUACAGGGACUGGUUCUAAAGUCUCGACGUUAGAUUCUAGAACAUCACUGUUGUCGCUAAUGUCAGUGUAGAAAGGGAGGUACUCAUCGUAGCUUAGCUAUCGGCCAGACAGAGAGGGUGUGGUGAUCGAGGGUCUGACUACUCCCAGAAGGCUGCAGUGCUCUGGAACCGGUGUCUCCUGUGCUCUGCUGCGGACUCCCAGUCUUCCCUUUGUCCACAGGAGCCGCGGCUCUGCUUCUGAGAAGGCAGCACUCUGUGCUCUGUUCACAGGAGGUGACCAGAAGUGGCUCUUGAGUUGGCUGGUUUAUGUCAACCUGACACAGGUUAGAGUCAUCUGAAAGGAGGGAACCCCAACUGAGGAAACUUCCUCCAGGAGACCCAGCCGUAGGCAAGUCUUAUAGGGCUUUUUCUUAGUGAUCGCUGGGGGAGGGCGCAGGCUUUUGCGGGCUGGUGGUCCUGGGUUCUAUAAGAAACAGGCUGAGCUGGGCAGCACAGACACACACCUUUCAUCCCAGCACUUGGGAGGCAGAAGCAGGUGGAUCUCUGUGAGUUCAAAACCAUUCUGGUCUACACAGUUCCAGGACAGCCAGGGCUGUUCCACAGAGAAACCGCUCUUGAAAAGCAACAGCAACAACAACGAAGAAAAGAAAAAGAAAGCAGUCAGUGAGCAUGCCAGUAAACAGCACCGCCAUCUUCUCUGUAUCAGCUCCUGCCUCAAGGUCCCUGCCCUGUUUGAGCUCUAGCCCCUGGCCUCCUUCACUGUGAUAUGGAAUCCUACGCCAAAUAAACCCUUUCCUCCCCAGCUUGCUUUUGGUCAUGGGGAUUCAUCACAGCAGGAGUGACGCUACUAGGUCAAUGCUGUCUGCAGAUCCUCUGCACCAAUGGAGGACAGCAGUGUCCAAGCCAGGGCUCACAUGUCUGCUAAUCCUUGGUCAACACAACCAUCGUUGUGAGGCUUAGCGCACUGCAUCUGGGAUUUCAGCUGAAGCCAGAGCCCCAGCCCAGGAGGGUGACAGCCAUCAGCCUAGGUGUCCGGCGAGAGUCUGCUCUUAGGGCUUGUUAGACAUAUUUGCAAAGAGACUUGCACAAAGCAGCCUUGUAGUACGGGACAGCCCUCCUGCCCUUCUCCUUCCCUGGCAGUCUUGAGUAUACGCUGGGCAUUAAGGAGUCUACAUUUGAACAUCAAGUCCUUUGAGUGACAUGAUACCCCUCAAGCACUUGCUCUUGGUAGUAGGCGGGUGAGGGCGGCUUGGCGUGACUCUUACAGACGUGGCAGGCACACUUACUACCUACGUCAUAAGGUUUUGGGGAGUAGGAUAUGGCCCCCGGGGCCCAAGUUCAGCCUCUCAGUGGCAGUGAAGGGUGAAGACAGGAGGUGGCUUACGAGAAGGAACCCAGGGCCACAGCUUGGGUGGGUUUUCUUCAGAAGCUCCUCCAUUACGGAUGAUGUCUACCUUAUUGUCUAUUUAAGGAGGCUUUGGAGCUUGUGUUUAUGGGUCUCCCCCCGCCGCUUUGUGUAACUUGGGUCACAGCAGCAGAGAUGGAGUUCUUGUUCACUCAAAUGGAAAAUUGGACUGAGCCGGGCCCUGUGGAAAACUUGGGGAAGUCAAGAAACCAGGCAAACAGGAUUGGAAAAAAAAAUUAUCCUAGUGUAAUGGAAAGAGAAUAUACACUUUGAAUUUUAGCCCUGCUCCUUGAGCCCGGUGCCAGGUUCUUCCAUUUCCUCAUUUAAAAUGACAUCUAACCUUACCACGCUUUGAAGGCCCAUUGGAAAGGAGAGACAUGACAUUUACAUAGUCGCCCCUCACUAAAUACUGAUAUUUUUAAAAAUCCAAUUUCUUUAUUUUUAUUUUAUGUUCAUUGGUGUUUUGUCUGCUUGUAUGUCUGUGUGUACAGAUCCCUGGAAACUAAAGUUACAGACACCUGUGAGCUGCCAGGUGGGUGCUGGGUAUUGAACUUGGAUCCUUUGGAAGAGCAAUCAGUGCUCUUAACCACUGAGCCAUCUCCCCAGCCCCCAAUUUUUUUUUUUUUGGUAUACUUGUUUCUCCAAGUUUCAUUACUAGUCCUGUGAACUCACCAAUUAAGUCUCAACACAUAUCUGGAAGCCCAGAGACUAAAACAGUAUUUUUGUAGGCUGUAGGGGACCAUGUGGCAAGGGUGGCUAGGGACCGCUGAAACCCAUCUGCUUCCUGAGCUCUUACUGCUUUGGGGCCAUUUAAAACCCAAAUGCACUGGGCUGGCGAGACAGUGGGGGACGGCACUCGCUGCCAAGCCUGACAACUUGAGUUCAACCCCUGGCUCCUACCUUGUAGAAGGGGAGGCUUGACUCCUGUAAAUUGUUCUGUGACCUCCAUACCCAUGCUGUGACACAUACAUGCACACAUAUAACUAGACAGACAGAUAGACAGACAGACAGACAUCAAAAACAGACCAACUCAUCAAGUACAGAUGAGACGGGUAUGGUGGACCUCAUGGCCAACAGCGUCUGCAGGCAGAGCACAGUCACUGAGGUGGCCUUAACCAGCUACGUGGCAUCACUCUUUAUUAGGAAAAGUUGAAAAUUGUCAGAGAAUAAAGUUUUCCUGAGGGCUUUGGCCUUAGAACGCACAGUCUCUCUUCAGUGUUCCCCUAUAAAGGGUCCCCCCCACACACCCCAUGCUAAAUUGAGCCAACUGAACUAGCCAAUGUGAUAUUUUGCAAGUUUCAGGGUGUGGGGCGGGGGGGGUAUAUGUAGGGGGGGUGGUGCCUGCUAAUUCUAGAUCCUCUCCUUCCUGCUUCUGAUUCAAGCUCAGGCUCAGGCAUUCAUAGGCAGUGGAGGGACUUUCUGGGGCUGAUUUUAGAAAAGGUGCUUGCUUACCGUGCAUGGCCCACCUCCGCCCAGCCUGGCUCUGACCUUUCUUAGCUGAAGCUCCUGACCUAAAGCUGGGGUGAGAAGAGAAGAAAUUGACCUUACAGACUUGCCCAGAGAUCUUUUGAGGAAGCUACUGUGUGUCUUUAUCUCCAAAGGGAAGAAACUCAAGAUCUUUAACUGUGAAACAAUAUACAUAGGAAAAAAAAUUUUUUUUUUUACCAUUUUCAACUAUAUAGUCCAGUAGCAUUAAAUAGACUCACAGUGGGCAGCCAUCACCACCAUCUAUUUCCAGAACUAAAUCUCACACAUCAAAGUCUGGGGUUUGGAGGUGUACCUCAGUGGCAAGAGUGCUUGUCUAGCACGGAUAAGGCCCCAGGUUCUACCCUAGCAAGGCAUCAAACUAAAUAGCAAAAUUGUAUCCUUACAUAAUAACUUCCCAGUCUUUUUCCUCAGCUCCAGCCAGACAUUCUACUUCCCAUCUGUAAGUCUAUAAAGCUGACUGCUUCAGCAGCAGUGGAAUGCCACAGUGUUCCCUUCUGCCUUUUCUUACUUAGUGUUGUUACAUCCUCUAGGUUCCUCCAUGGUGUAGUGUGUGUCACAAUUAAUUCCUUCCUUCCUUCAUUUAUUUCCAGUCCUAGAACAUUGAACCUAGACCUUUGUGGAUGCUAAGAAAGCCCUCUACCCCUGAACUAGGCAUCCCUUCAUAUCUCUUUUACUUACUGUUUGACACAGAGUUGUGGUCUUUUUCCCAGGCUAGCCUUGAAUUCUCCUCAUAGCCUUGACUUUGUAAUCUUUCAUCUCAAACCUCUGAAGUAGUUAGGAUGACAGACUUGAGCCACCAGGUCUUGCUCCGAAUCCUUCCUCUUUAGGAGGGCUGUAUCAUCGUUCCUUGAGUGUAUACGCCGUGUUUCAGUUACCCAGUCAUCUGUCAUCAGACUGUUGGUCUGCUCUGCAUUCGAACAAAUUGUCAGAAGCAAGUCUGGAUGUGCUUGAAAUGGGGACCCAGUGUCCCAGCCUCCCGUGAGGCGGACAAGUUGAAUAGAUAGCUGGUGCUCUGUGCGAGCGAGCGAGCACGGGUGUGUGAAUGUGCCUGAGCAUCUGUCUUCCUCAGUUGACGUAAAUAGCUGGAGUGCAAAAGCCCUGUUUUAUAUCUGAAGGAAUGCUUCUUACCUAUUGUGCUGUCAGAGACUUGGUGUAAAGGUAAACAGGAGGCGCGUGCUUGACGCAGGACUGGAUGUGGCCAGCUCUGGGUCAGGUUUCCACUGGGGCCUCCUCUGAGUCAGCCCCACUCCUGGAUCACCAGCUUGCUUCAGGAUGCUGCCCUGAGGUGCUGAGCACCAACAGGCGUGUGUAACACCCCCAACCCAGCAGUAUCGCCACCAUCUCUUGCCGGUAUGAUUUUGGCCAAGUCAUUUUAACUUCCUCCAGUCCUCGGUCUUCACAUUUUAAGAGGGUUCGAGGAGUGCAUAAUAAAAGUAACAUAGCAAAAUGCAUUGCCCUGUACCUGGCUUAUGGUAUGUGUUCUCUUUUCCUUCCUUGCCAGGAAAGACCUUGUUCAAUUACUAUGGGGGCCCCCACCCAGCCUACCACAGUGCUUGGCGAACAGAGGCAGCUGCCAGCCGAAUGCUUAUUAACUUUAUCCUGCACAGCACUAAGCGGGGCAGACUGCUCUGUUAAGCAAGCACAAGGCCCCUAGAAUAUGCUCAGCUGGGUGGGAGGUACUUUGAAGAGAGCCUUGUUUGGAUGGGUAAAUUCUGGCCUUUUUUUUGAAAAACAAAACCCUAACGUUGGCCUCAUUACUUUUCGGUCAUUCACUGCCUCUUUGUCUGUGUGUAGAGUGCUCUUAAGAGAUUACUGACUAGACCUUUAAAAAUAGGCCAGUUGUCAGAUGUCUUGGCAAGAGAAUGUAUCCCAAUGGCGUUAGGAUUUUUCCUGAAGUUAAACAUCUCUCCUUGGAGAGGUUUGUUUUUAUCAUCAGCUGCUAAACAUUCUCAGGAGGUCACAGGACAAACUCAGUUCCAAGUGAAGGGCAUGGAAUCUGCUAGAUUUAAGUAAAGGGUUAGUGGGGGACGGGGCUUACGUUUUGUUGGGGGACAGCUGAAUGGCUGUGGCUGGGAGUAAAGAGAUGUUGGAACCAUCUCAAGGGGCUGCACCAUCCUAGAGUCCCCAUCCUCCUGUAUUUGGGUUGAGCAAGGAAAGUCAUACCGGCCUCUGUAGGUAGAAUUUGGCUCUGACAGAGAGGCGGACAGGGAUUGUUGAUAGGGGCCAAAGGUCAUGUAGAUUGAUCAUGAAAAUCAUUCUAGCUGUGUCAGAACCCUGCCUUGGAUUAGCAAGCAGCCGUAGCACAUCUGAGGGUCUCAACCCCAGAGCAGUCUGUUCUUGGGAUGAAUACCAUUAGCACCAAGUAGGACCGGUCAGUUCAUGCAUGGUUGGCAUAAUGGUGGAGGACUUCCCUUUUCCCCGCCUGGCCCACAUUACCAGCUAAUGCUAAGAGCAGCAGAAUACAGGGCAGUGAAGCUUCUAAACAAGAGGGCAGUCUGAGCAGAGCCAAGGGAGUCCACACUGGCCAAGGGGGUCCACAAUGGGCCUCUGGGCCACUUGAGAGCAAUUCCCCAGAAUGCUGUCUUAAGAGCAGUUCCCUGGAAUGCUGUCUAUUUCGGCUUUGGAUUUCCAGAGCUAGCUUGACAAUUGUCACAUGUCGGGUCCUGUGCUGACUUCCCAGAACUCUCAAGGGCUGUUAGGGAUCUUCUGUCACAGUCACAUCACUGGCCAAGUUUGUCACUUUGGAGGGACUUAACAUCAGAAGUGUAACCCAUCAGGACCUUGAUCCCUUUCUUUUCGCCUUUAUUUGAACUUGUGCCCAAGACUGGCUAUUGGCUUCCAGUAUUUGCGUGAAAACAGAACAAAAAGGAAAGAAACUCUGGGGUCUUUGGGGGCACUUCUCUAGGUUUGUUCAUUUGUUUGUCUGUUUUUGUUAAAAACAGGGAUCAUAGGCUGGGAGAUGGCUCAGCUGGUAAGAGUGUUUGCCACCAAAACAUGAGGAUCUGGAUUUGGAUCCUCAACACCCACAUAAAAAGCUGUGUGUGGUGCAUGCUCCUGCUGACUGACCAGCCUAGCUAAAUCAUCCAGCUGCAAGUUCAGUGAGAGACCUUGGCUCAAGGAGACUUGGGCUGGGAGAUGACUUAAAGGUUAAGAGCACAGGACCCAGGUUCAGUUCCCAGCAUUCACAACUUGUGACUUACAGCUGAUUGUAGACCCAACUCCAGGAGGAUCAGAUACCUCUGGCCUCCAUGGGGACAUCUCCAUGAGCGCGCGCGCGCGCACACACACACACACACACACACACACACACACACACACACAACACACACACACACAGAGAGAGAGAGAGAGAGAGAGAGAGAGAGAGAGAGAGAGAGAGAGAGAGACAUGCACACACACGCACAAUUUAAAAACAAUAAAAAUAAAUCUUAAGGAAAGUAACAAGGUAGAAAGUGAUUGGGGAAGAGACCUGACACUGACCUCUGGCCUCCAUGAGUACUGACCUCUGACCUCCAUGAGCACCUGCACACGUGCAUCUCAUCCACUUAUACAUGUGCACACACAUAAUAUCACACAGCCUGCAAUUACAGCAGAUUUAAUGUGCCAGCUUAAAAAUAAAUACGGACUAUAGCUUCGCAGGUCAGUCAGUAAAGGUAAUGCCACUGAGCCUGACAACCUGAGUUUGAUCCCCUAAAUCCAUGCGGUAGAAGGAAAGAAAGAACAACUACAAAUUGCCCUCUGACUUCCCUAUAUGCCAACACUCACACAGGUGCAUACACAGAUAAAAUAAAUGUUAAGAAGUUGUUAAGAACUCUUAAAAACCUAUUCUCUGUAGAUGCCUCUUGUAUGUUCCUUAUGCCUCAUAAAGUGUGAAUGGCUAAUACAGAAAUGAGUUUGGGGGAAAGACUGCUGAAAAGUCUCCUUGUCUGGACCCAGUUGAGAACCCAAGACUGGGUUUGUUGUGUUGCUCCUCAGGUGUCUGUGGAGGUCAUGAACACCCUAGAAGAGUUCAAAAUCAAUUUUAAAAAAAAACCUAUAGGGGCUGGGGAUUUAGCUCAGUGGUAGAGCGCUUACCUAGGAAGCGCAAGGCCCUGGGUUCGGUCCCCAGCUCCGAAAAAAAGAACCAAAAAAAAAAAAAAACAAAAAAACAAACCUAUGCCCUGCCUUGGCUUGAACAGCAGGCCUCACAGGAGUGGGUUCCUGCAGAUGAGAAACAAAGGUAGGGCAGUGGCUCAGGCAAGGAAGCCUGCCUGUGGUUGGCAUCUCUGUAUCCCCAUCUGCAGCAUCUAAGUCCCAGGGAGGGCAGGAGUGAAUUCCAAAGCCACUCACUGUUGCUGCCCUCUCUUCUGGACCAGAACUCAUUUGAGCCUAAGUCUUGGUGACACUAUAGAGAGUUUCCAUGUUUAGCUAUUCCUUUUGGCUCGUUGUCUACAAAUACACGAGGAACCCAGGAAAACAAAGGACUUGCCUCCUCUGUGAGUCAGGGAGCUGGUCCAAGGUGUCUUCUCUGCCUGGAGUUUUCAGGCAGUGGUUUCCUUACUGUAGCAGGCUUUGGUCUUCCAAAGAAUUGCCGCCCACCACCCAUAUCUCAGGGCACCUUGUACAUUGCCCUUGCCCCGUCUCUGUCUAAGCCAGCUGUGUGGAGUCAUCAGGCCAGUGUGGCAAGGGCAUAUUAGUGCCUAUGUCUGUUACGUUUCCUUGAUGCCAUGAUUAAAUACACAAAGGGAGUGACUGGAGGGAGGAAGGACUUACCUUGCUCAGGAUUGGAGAGGGUACAGUCCAUCAUGGUGGGGAAGGCAUGGAGGGGUUCACAUUAUUAGGGCUAUGUGACUGGGACUCCUCCCAUCUCAGUAGACAUGGAAACAGAGAGGGCCUCAGGUAGGUAGGAACCAGGUCAGGCUAUGACCAUAAACCCAGACCUACAGCCUUCUAACUCCAUGUCUGCCAGCUGGGACGUAAGUCCAAAUGGUUCUAUAACCUACCAAAAUUGACACCACCAACUAAGGACCCAAUAUCCAAACACACAAGCCUGUGGGGCUAUCUUAGGUCUAACACUGACACAAGACGACUCUUAGGAGCAACAGACACAUACUGAGACUGUGGACUCUCUAUUUCUGAUGUCAUGCAUAGCUACCCAUUAUAUUUAACAAAAGAUUCCCAGUUGGGUGGGAGGCUCGUGGGUAGGUGUACUUCGGAUAAUGAAUAGUGUGGGGCCUGCAGUCUGGUUGUCUGUACAGGGGCUUUGGGUUUUACUCUUAUUUGGACCGCAUGGAAGAUGUAUUACUUGUGGUCGGAGGAGGGAUAGGCCCUAGAGGAUGUAAGGAACAAUGUGGGACCUUUGAGGUUUUCCCACGGAGCAUAAAAGCACUCAAGUGGUCCAGUCUUAUUGAAUUUCCCUCCUUUCCUUGAGGGUCAAGGUGGAACCUAGCCUCUGAAUUUUUACCACUGAACUUUCAAGAGAUAGUGUCUCUGCAAACCCCAUGAAUUUCCCUACUUUUGAUACUUAGAGAUCCCUUUUCUAGUUAAUACCAGGCAUGUCUAGAAAUGGCAUCCGGUCUGAUAAGUAGUUGAGGUGCUGGGUCAUUCUCUGGCCCUCCAGAUGCAAGCAUCAUCGGUACCUUGUGACCUGCCUCCUGCCCAGCCACUUCUAGGAUUCAUCCCGGGGCAGGAAAUGGGUUUGAAAGCAGGCAGGCUCACCUGCCUCUCCCUGGGCUUGUCCUCCAGUGCCCUGGUAAGUCUUGUGUGUGCCAGGCGGGGUCUUCGAGCUUCUCUGCUGUGCCGAGUGGGCUGUAUCUUUCUCGAAGGAGCUUGCCUUGCCCAUCCGGGGUUGGUUUCAGAGUGUCUCCUGUUGGCUUCUCCAUCCUCCCCUGCCCUUCCCCAGUUCCCCUCCUUCCCACAAUUCCACUCUCAGCAGCUCCCUGUGCUGCUCCCCACUACUCUGCCUCACUACCAAGCCCAGCUCUUACCACUUCCCACACCAAUCCCUGGAGCUGCAUGAUCAAGAGGGUAGAAAUCUGCCUCUUGAAUAGGUCCAGGGUCCCAACUCUCCAAACACCCAAUUACCAAAAACUGGGCACUAACAGCACCGAUACCACAAGAGGAAAACUCCACCCCUGACCUCAUGUGAUGGACGGUCGUUCAAACACAGUCUCACUAAAAAUGUCGUAUAAAAUUACCUUCAGGCUAUGCACAAAAGGCGUGUGUGAAGCAAGAAUUAAUUCUAAUUCUGUGCUAAGAUGUGAGUUCUAUUUCUAAGAUACAUAUCAUUGUGUGUAUGCAAAUAUUCAAACAUCAGGAAACAAAAAAAGAAAAGAAAAAAGAGAUCUGGCAUAGGUCUGGGCCCAAGCACUUUAUGUAAGGGACGCUCAAUCUUGUGUGGUGUCUUCAGACUUUUAACCAGCCAACCUGUGUGUUCAUUUUAUAAACACUGAGCUAAACACCUGAUACAUGCUAAACAUUCCUGCUGGGCAAGAUCCAUGUCUGGUGGAGGUGGAGGUGUCGUUGGUCAUAUCUCAGGCAGAGGCUUCAGGGAGGCCCUGGAGGGUUGGGUCAUGGUGUCGUGGGCAGACUGGGAGGGGUAUGCCUGCCCCAGGACUUGCUGGGAGGAUCCCCUGCCAAAGCUUAUCUGUGAAGGCUCCGUGGGAGAGGGGAACAUCGGGCUAGGUUUUCAUUGUUGAGUUGGACUUCCGUAGCUGCCUGUUGAAGGGACAGGGAUUCACAGUUGAAAUCGAUGUUAGGAAUGGCCAGAAGACCUGAGAGGACUCGGCAAGACUGGGAAAUGAGCAAGUCAUGGAGGAAGAUAAAGAACAUGGUGCAGUGGUCCCCCUUUGUCAUGUCCUUCAAGAAGAAGUACCCCUGGAUCCAGCUGGCAGGACAUGCAGGGAGCUUCAAGGCAGCUGCGAAUGGCCGUAUCCUUAAGAAGCAUUGUGAGUCUGAACAGCGAUGCCUGGACCGGUUAAUGGCGGAUGUGCUGAGGCCCUUCGUGCCAGCCUACCAUGGCGACGUGGUGAAGGACGGGGAACGCUACAACCAGAUGGACGACCUGCUGGCUGACUUCGAUUCACCCUGCGUGAUGGACUGCAAGAUGGGCAUCAGGACAUACCUGGAGGAAGAACUCACCAAGGCCCGGAAGAAGCCUAGCUUGCGGAAGGACAUGUACCAGAAGAUGGUGGAGGUGGACCCUGAGGCCCCCACUGAAGAGGAGAAAGCCCAGAGAGCUGUGACCAAGCCACGUUAUAUGCAGUGGCGGGAAACCAUCAGUUCCACAGCUACCUUAGGCUUCAGGAUCGAGGGCAUCAAGAAGGAAGAUGGCUCUGUGAACCGUGACUUCAAGAAGACCAAAACAAGGGAGCAGGUCACUGAGGCCUUCAGAGAAUUCACUAAAGGAAACCAGAACAUCCUGAUUGCCUACCGGGACCGGUUGAAGGCCAUUCGAGAAACCCUGGAAGUCUCUCCCUUCUUCAAGUGCCAUGAGGUCAUUGGCAGCUCUCUCCUCUUCAUCCACGACAAGAAGGAGCAAGCCAAGGUGUGGAUGAUUGACUUUGGGAAAACCACGCCCCUUCCGGAAGGCCAGACCCUACAACACGAUGUCCCCUGGCAGGAGGGGAACCGGGAGGAUGGCUACCUCUCAGGGCUGAACAACCUCAUCGACAUCCUGACAGAAAUGUCCCAGGGCAGCCCACUCACCUGAGGCCACCAGCACCUUGCAUAGCCAUGCCACCUUGCCCGCCACCUCUGCCUGUCGCAGCAUCUCUCUUCCCCUGAUUCUUCUUCCUUUUCCUGUCUGAGCGCCUACCUAGAACAGAGCCUCCCAUCUGCACUACAGGACACUUUGGAGAAGAGAAGAGAGAUUUUUUUUUCUAGGUCUUUAUCUCCCGCCUUCCUACACAGGGGCCUGGAGGUGGCGUUUCUAAUUCUCUCUAAAUAGAACUACCUUCUAGAAGAGAAUUGCACAGAGCUAGGCCCCCGCAUCCCGUUACACUUAGAGCCUGCACGGGUCUAGAAGGCUGUGGGAUCCCUGGCUGCCUAGGGUCUUAAGAGAUUGAGCCUCCCUCCCAGAGACCCUCCCGCCCCGCACCCCUCACCCCCCACUCCCGAGAAAGUUCUGGCCCACAUUGGCUACCAGUGGAGGCCUUCUGCCCCCUGGUGGCUGGUGCCAUAAGUAAACACAGUCCCAUUCGUGCCUCCUACCAUGGACCCUGAAGCUAGGGUCCUGCUUUCUGGAAGUUGGGAAGCCAAUCUCUGGGGGAUCUGCGUGUGGCUUAUGAGAAAAGUCUCCUGCAGUUAGAAGCCCCAGCUCCCAAAUACACCGUGUGGCUUCUCUCGAGACGCUAAAUCAGGGCUCUACUUUUCUGUUGUUUAAACCCUUGGAACUCAGGCCAGCCUAGGAGGAGCGUAGAGAGCAGCAGCUCCACUGUUUCUAAAAGAGCUUCACCCUUCCGUUUGGGAGCGCUGCCCGUCAAUUCAGAGGGGACAUUCUGCAAAGCUUAGCUUCAGGGGAUGAUGUCACCUCCCUGAGCUGUUGCUUACUGUCCCUGAUCUGCUUACUGGGUACAGUACUCGAGGCUCACACCAACCUCCAGGGAUCUGCAGCAGCUCCGAGAGCCGACCACACCCAGGAGAGACCUUAGGGAAGCAGGAUUCUGGCUUCUUGGAAUGAUUCCUAAAUUUCCCUUGAUAUCACUCACUCUCCCGGCUUGAAGGACUUAGACCAGUGUUUCUCCGUGUGAUUCCAUAGUUGCCAGGAUUCAGAGGGGUGCCCAGGGUUGCCCUAAGCUUUCUCCUUCCCGGAGUCCUGAGCUUCCUGAAGGGCUAUGUUGACAGGGGAGGACAUUGUUGGUUACCACUUCAUCCGUGAAGCAAGUAGCCUCUCUGAUUGGAAAGAGCGUACAGUUCGUAUGACUUAAAAGAUGGCACUCCUAGGUCUGUUUCCAUUUGGAGCUACCCUCUGCCCCUCUGGGCUUCUUUUACUGAGAGACUGUGGAUCACACACAUGUACAGAGGCUCCUCUGGGUACCAUGACAGCAAGCUAGGGACCAAGGGAGAUGGGGUAGACCAACGUGUACACACCUGGCAGCAUAGCUUUGAGCAGGGGUGGCCGUCUUGGCUGCCUACCCCAGCUCCCUGGGGCUUCUAGAACUGUUGGCCCAUGUGGUACAUGUGUUUCCCCUUCAUGCUGGGUGGGUGAGUGACAGUUGGUGGGGGCGGGAGGUGGGACCCACAAGGAUGUAUAAGUACAGAUUUUUAAAAAGAAACUCAUUUAAACUUCCUGGCUCCCAUUCAGAUGGGCGGUGAGCUCCUGUGUGGGCUGACUUGCUAAAGGUCACGCCCCCCGCCCCCCAUCAUCGAGCCCAGACCUUGUGACAGCACAUGAUUGGGAAGACAGGCAGCCUGGCGUGGGGGAGGGCAGCAGCAACCAGGCAGCCAGCUCUGGGGCUCUCCAGCUGUGGUUGCUAGAGGGCUCGAGGUGACCUCAUGGCCUGUACAUCAGCCAUUUGCUGGGAAGAGGCAUCGUUAACUCCAAGAGUCUCCAGCUAUGACCUGGCCAAAAGUUCCCUCCCUCAGAGAAAUGUUUGCUAAAGCAAACCCCGCUGUGAACAAGAAUGCUAGCCAGUUUAACGUGUGUGAAGAACAAAACUCACCGAGCCCUUUAGGAAGGUACCACCUGUCAUGAUAAAGCACUAAGAUACUGUGUCUGGGGACCAGUUAGUGAGAGCCUUAGCACAGUGCUGGGCAGUGCUUUGGGCUGUGUGUGUCAUAGGGGGGAAAGUGGUGUGCAGAGGCAUCUUUCUAGGCUUAUUCUGUUGCCAAGGGUGUCUUGUUCAGUCGGGGUUUGUAUUUACCAUGCUCGUACCCACUCUCUAUCUCCCAAACCAUUCUCACAUUCUCACAUCCAUCCUGCCAGAGGCCCCUCCUUCCUGCUCUACUGGGAUGGGCAGAGCUCAGAUGGGAUUUCCUAGAGCCUUCCAGAGUCUUGAUAAACUGAGUUCUGGGAGUCCUGGUGGAGACUCCCAAGGUCCUGGCCAAACAGGUGCUGGGACAUGGGACAGGCUACAUGUGCCUAUGUGCAGGGUCCAUGGGGCCCUCCUGCUCUUGGGCCACCAGGUGCCUUGGUGGUCAGCUCUGCUUUGCACACGCUGAAGGUUGCUUCAACUGCUUUCCCCAGGCUAGACGUUAGUGCUCUUUAAGAAGUGUUUAAGUUAUAUUUAUUUUGGUUUUUUUUGUUUGUUUUAAUUGCACAAAACACUAAGAUAGAAGGCUGGGCUGUUCUUCCUAAGCUCUACCUGCCCUCUGGGGCCUUUCCUUCAUAGCUGGAGGAGCCCUGAGCAGGUAUGGCCUCAAGAGAGAUGCUGUUCACCUUUGGCUGGCUGUAUUGAGCUUCAAGGUCGCCUGUAUGCUGACAACCCUCUGUGUAUAGGCCCCACGUCUUGAUCGAGGGUGCUCGCCCACCAGUGCCUUUUGGGAGGAGAGGAUCCUCCUUGCACCCUGACAGGCUCUCCUCUGAACUCCUCUCCCCUCUGGACUGUUACAUCCCCUGCCCUGCGCCCCUCAGUCAACUGUAGAUGCUAUCUACCUUCCCAAUAAAGGCUUUGGAGACCAUUA